AUGGUUGAGUUCGUAUCAUGUGGGUUUCUAUUGAGUAUUGAUAUAGUGAUUCUUAAUAUGCUUCCGGAUAUGUUUUCUGCUGAAAUUCCUUAUAUGAAGUGUAUGAAUUUUGAAUUCGAAAUUGUUGCAUUUGCCUUAUCAAAACCUGAUAUGGAUGCAAAUAGUUCACCCUUCGUGCUUUAUGUGUUCCACUUUUUGCGAUUUUCUCUUGUUGGUGUUCUAGAAAUGGGGAGUGGGGAACUACACAUGCGAGAGAAUAUCACCUUCAUAACACAGCUCAUCACUUGGAGGUUCGAGAUUGGACAAAAGCUACUGGUUUCUUCACGGUUAGAAGAUGGCUUGAGAAAUGAAGAUGCGCCACCAGUUUUGUUUCACCACAUAAACAUUGUUGUAAUAGGAGUGGAAUUGGAUAUUAGUUGUGCUUUGAUGUGA